CCAAAGGAGAGAAAUCGGAGGAAACUGAUAUUGGCACACCUCUCCGUUUGCGCCCACAGCAAGUCUGCUGCUUCUGAUGGAAAAAAAAAAAUACUCACGCGAGUGACCACAGGUGACAGACAAAGCGCGCGCACGAGAAAGCGCAAAAUCAGGCGCGCGUAAGACGAAUGCGAAUGGGGGGGAAAGCUCCGCAGAAGUGGAAAUGCAGAAAGUAAAGCAGCCGAAGAGAAGAGACUAGCACGUCACCUAUGAGAGGCGUGAAAGCAGCGAGCAGAACAGACGCUGCCUGAGCAACGCGAACCGUGCGCGCGCGCUGGACACCAGGAAAGUUUGUGCGUAAAAGGCAGACAGGAAAGGAAUGAAAGUACAGUGUGAAGGGCAGCUCUCUUGAGUAGUAAACGGGCAUUUCGACAGCCAUGGAAUCGGACGGCUCUGCCGGCUUGGCGAAAUCAGCCGCCCUAAAGUUGUCCGAAAUGGGCGAAAGAACUAAACAGCUCGGCAGCGCGAUGCAGGACCCCGACCGGCAGAGAAGGCUCAUUCUCGUGAUCGUGUGCGUCGCGCUUCUGCUCGACAACAUGCUCUACAUGGUGAUCGUUCCGAUCAUUCCCGAUUAUCUCGCAGACUUGGAGAGCGAGCAGGCGGCGCGUGUCCACGCCAACUCGUCGCUGGGCAGAGCGAACAGGGACGACCUGGACAUACAGAUCGGGGUGUUAUUCGCGUCCAAGGCCAUUCUGCAACUCAUGGUCAACCCCCUGUCGGGAACCUUCAUUGACCGCGUUGGAUACGACAUCCCGCUGCUGAUCGGACUUCUGGUCAUGUUUGUUUCGACCUGCAUAUUCGCUUUCGCCGAGAACUACGCGACCCUGUUCGCGGCGCGCAGCCUGCAGGGUCUGGGCUCGGCGUUUGCCGACACGUCCGGGAUCGCGAUGAUCGCCGAUAAAUACACGGAGGAAGCGGAGAGGAGCCGCGCGCUUGGCAUCGCGCUCGCGUUCAUCUCGUUCGGGAGCCUCGUGGCGCCUCCGUUCGGCGGCAUCCUGUAUGAAUUCGCAGGUAAACGGGUCCCCUUCAUAGUUCUGGCCUCUGUGUGCUUGGCAGACGGCUUUUUGCUCCUGACUGUGAUCAAACCUUUCUCUAACAGGACGCGCGAGAACAUGCCGGUCGGGACGCCCAUUUACCGGCUCAUGAUCGACCCGUACAUCGCCGUGGUGGCGGGCGCUCUGACCGUCUGUAACAUCCCGCUGGCGUUCCUCGAGCCCACCAUCGCCAACUGGAUGGAGAACACGAUGAACGCCACCAAGUGGGAGAUGGGUCUCAUCUGGCUGCCCGCCUUCUUCCCGCACGUCUUGGGGGUGUAUGUCACCGUGCGGUUAGCCGCCAAGUACCCGGACCUGCAGUGGUUCUACGGCGCCCUGGGCAUGGUCAUCAUAGGGGCCAGCUCCUGCACCGUGCCCGCUUGCAAGACCUUCGGCCAGCUGAUGUUUCCCCUGUGCGGCAUCUGCUUCGGCAUCGCUCUGGUGGACACGGCGCUCCUGCCCACGCUGGCCUUCCUGGUGGACGUGCGCCACGUGUCAGUCUACGGAAGCGUCUACGCCAUCGCAGACAUCUCGUACUCGGUCGCCUACGCCAUGGGACCGGUAGUAGCGGGUCAGAUCGUGCACAACCUGGGCUUCGUUCAGCUGAACCUUGGCAUGGGCCUGGUCAACGUGCUUUACGCGCCGGCCUUGCUGCUGCUCCGGUGCGUGUGCCAGCUGAAGCCGUCCUACUCGGAGAGAAACGUGCUGCUGGAGGAAGGGCCGACGGGACUCUACGACACCAUCCGAAUGGAGGAGCGCAAACUCAAGCGAAAGGGCUUGUGCGCCACGACGACUAACGCGUGUCCCGUGGACGAGAACGGAUUCUUCGAGCGCUCCAAAUCCUACUCGGAGGAGGAAUCGUCGGGACCCGAGUUCACUUAACCCUAUACCGAGCCCACAGAGAAGCAUCUGACACGACGCAUUUAUUUUAGUGAGCCAGAGAUUAUAUCGCAAACAUGCAGCAUCUGAUGUGCAAUAUUUAUUCCCUCCGUCAUGACUGUGUCCGCUCAGAGAAGUGUGCAUUCGAUGACUUAGAAACUAUAACAUUUGUCUCCGAGCGACAUUCUGUCCUGUAGUGUGUAGAAGAUGAAGUGAGUAGAUGAAGUGCGUAGCUGCGUGAUGUAACUGCACAAAACCCAAAUAAAACCAGUGGUCAUAUUUCCAUACG